AUGACUACAACCAUUCCCUUGUCGUACCGACUAUUUUUCCUAUACAUCGAACCUAUCUCUGCUAUUGCAGGGUUCAUUGCCGCUCUAAAUCCCACCUUCUAUUUGGGUGAACUCAGCCUCUCCACAGUAAAACCCGACGUGGUCGGCACCACUCAAACCGACGUUGCCCUAUACCAACUGGCCAACUUAUACCUUUUAUUCGCCCUGAACGAGCACCUUGUAUUAUCCUCCACAUCUUCUCUGAAGACAUGGCGUAGUCUUCUCUUCUGUUUGCUCAUUGCAGACUUGGGCCAUUUAGCAACGAUGGCGCCUUUGGGACUAGAUGCAUUUUGGAAGGUUUGGGAGUGGAACGCGAUGCUUUGGGGAAGCAUCGGAUUUGUUUAUCUGGGCGCCAGCACGAGGCUGUCCUUCCUUCUUGGUCUAGGUUUCAGUGGACGGUCCAAAAUCCAGGCUGCCCAGCUACCGAAGAAGGCUUGA